AUGGCCUUGGAACGGUUGAAGAACAAGACCAAGAAGGCCUUCGCCAGCAUCUCAGUGAUCACCUACGCACUCGUGGUCAUUUUCGGGACAGGUUCCUGGAUUGCAAUCAAUGGACUCUGGGUUGAAUUACCUUUAAUUGUUCCUGAAAUCCCAGAAAGUUGGUCGCUACCGUCAUAUCUAACUGUUAUGAUUCAACUGGCAAACAUAGCCCCCUUGGCAUUUGCAGUGGGCAACAAACUUUUCCCACGUGUAGUUCGCGAGGUACCAGUUAUUUACAUCAGUGUUUUGGUCGGUAUUACGUCGUGCGUUCUCUUGGUAUUUUUUUGGAAAGAAACCAGUUACAUCGCAGGAGCGGAGAGAAGUACAGCGCUGCUUGUCCUGUGUUUCUUUCUCUCCAUGGUAGAUUGUACCUCCUCUGUGUCGUUCAUACCCUACAUGGCCAUCUUCCGAGAAGCGUACAUGAGCCCGUAUUUUGCCGGUGAGGGUUUAAGCGGGCUUCUUCCGAGUCUUGUAGCAUUGGCACAGGGAGUAGGUGGAGGUUCUCAUGACCCUUGUCCAGCUCCAAACCCGACAGAGGCACCUUUGAACGGUACUAAUGGAACAUCAGGGAAUGCUACUGAUUCUGGAAGCUGGGGUCAAAAUGAGCCAAAAUUCUCUGUUGAAGUGUUCUUCUGGUUUCUCAGUGCGAUGAUGACAGCUUGUGGUUUGGCGUUCCUUGCUUUAAACACGCUUCCCAUUACUAAGCGACAGCAGGUUGGUAAAGACUCCAAAUCUUUGUAUCAUAUAAGUCCACAGCCAAGUGAAUCAGGCCUUGAGCUUUCCCCGAUGGAUGAGAAACAUGAAAAAAAUGAAAUUGUCAUCGAUGAAGAUUUGUCACGAGGUGGUGUUGUGCUCCUGUUACUGAUCAUAGCUCUGGCCGGGGGCCUGAGUAAUGGAAUUUUACCAGCUAUCCAGUCAUAUGCAUGUAUACCAUACAGCUACUACAUUUAUCACCUGACCCUCACACUGUCAGCCAUAGCCAAUCCCGUCACUUGUAUUCUGUUCCCCUUUAUAAGUACCACAUCAGUGGUAGUUAUCAGUGCACUGACCUUCAUGUACUUUGGUAUGUGUACCUACAUCCUCAUUGUGGCCUCACAAAGUCCUGAUGUGCUGAUGAAAUGUGACAAUUCUGGUGCUGUUUUGAUUGUAAGUAUAUUAAUUUUUCACUAUUUGAAUAGAGGAAGAUAACAUGGCCGUGGCAAGAUAUGACAUUUUCUUUUGAGUGUUGAUACAGUCUAACCUCUCCUUAGGGACUCCUCUGUAAUACAGACACCUCUCUAUUACGGACAGUUCUUUGGUCCCAGAAAAGCCAAAAAUCACACAUUCCCUACCUUUAUAAUACGGACACCUCUGUAAAGCGGACAAUAUUGGUUCCGUCUCUUAGGUGUCCGUAUUAAAGAGGUUUGACAGUACACUCACUCGUGAAAUAUUUUUGAAAAUGAGAACAGAAAUUAUGUAUCUCCAAAUCAUUGAAUCACUUUUAAGUGAAGAAAUGUUAAAACAUUGCUUUGCUUCAAAAGGUACAAUUUUAAUGUAACCAUGGUAACAGUGAUCUUAAACAGUGCUAUUGGCACUUGAAAAGAUAUCAGGUUUUUGGGCCAAAGGUCAUGUGUUAUUUCAUUGGUUGCUUGUAAAUUAACCUCUUUAAACAUGCCAACAACUGCACACUGUCAAAGGGAUAAGACUCCUUUGAUCCACCAAACUUGAAUUUUGGUUACAUGGGGAAGUUCAAAACAUCACUCCUCAUCAACCUUUAUCUGCAUGUGUUUAACCAUAUCCCUUCCUCUAGAGAUCUAAAUUCUUGAGACUGUCUCUUUUGCAGUAUCCUGCCCCCUCCUGUUCCCCCAAAUUAUAACAUGGGUGUGGUACAAGACAUUAUACAAAGUUACUUGAAGUACAGAUUGUCAAAAUUCGCUUUUUGACAAAUAAAGUCUGGUCGGCGAUUAAACAUGUGCCAAAUGCAACAGAAACCAUACUGUGAUGGAAAAGUUUUUUUUGAUUUUUUGGGGACAAAAAAUAAAAUGAGCUUACUUCCAACAUAAAGCAAAUAGAAACUCAAAAUUCAGGAGAUUUGGUGAUCAGAAGGUCAGACGGUAGAUUUGUGUUAUUUCCCAGAGACCAGAUACUCCAGGAGAGUUGCCAUAUACCAUAAAUACCGAAAAUAAGCCCCUCCAAAAUUAAUAUAAGCCCCCCAAACAUGUAACGCAAAAAACCCUCCGUUAAAUCACCCCUCUAAAUAUAAGCCUCCCGAGGGGCUUGUAUUUGGAAAUUACCCUCAAAUACAAAGUAAACAAAGCAAAAACAGUAAAUUUCCUUCCAAGUAUAAGGUUAGCCCAAUCGAUUUUGAAACGCAAAUCUCCCUCUGUAGAUAAGCCCCUUCAAAAAUAAGCCCCUCACAAAGGGCCUUUGGAAAAUAUAAGCCCCGGGGCUUAUUUUCGGAAUUUUACAGUAUGUUACACCCAUUGUGACAUCAUCACUUUUGUUAAAAUCAUUAGCCUGCUUAGUUGGCUUUUUUGAUGAGUGCAUUUUGAGGGAGGAUCGAGGAAAAGAGAAAUGCCCUCUUUCUGUUUUUGACUACAUUGUACUGCCUGUUUUAGCUAUUUGUCAACCUAAUGUAGCAAAGAAACUAUGGUGGAGUGACAACAUUGCUUUUGAUGAAACAUUUUGAACUGGCUAUAAUGUAGAUUAUGUGGUAGAAAUAGUUUGGCAAUAAAACUUGUAUGGAUAUAAUAAAUUUUAUAUCAAGUCAAGUACUCAUAAUUAUUUGAAAGAGUCUAUUCAGGGCAGUCAUUAGGUAGGUACAAAGUACAAAACUUGGACAGGAUCGCGUCAUGAUCAUUUACAUACUUAUCAGACAAUGUUACCCAUUGUUUUCCCAGAAAUUAUGUAAAUGAGUUGAUCCUGUCUGAGUUCUGUUCCUGCUAGUGAACAUUCUAUACAAAAGCAUUUCGCUAAUUGACUCACUAUUCAGUAUCCUGUGGCACACAGCUGUAUCAUAAACAAUAAGCUUUACAGGUUGCUUAUAUGAUGGUAUUGUUAUAAAAUGUGUUUCUCUUCAACUGAUAGGUUGUGAUAAGUGUUGCGGCUGUUGCUGUGGUGACAUACGUCAAAGUUGCCAUUGGAGGAAACAUGCGUGAAAAAGGCCGCAAACAUUUGCUGUGGUAUGGAAUAAGCACUCAAGUGGGGUCCUGUGUGGGUGCUCUUGCAAUUUUUGCCCCUGUAAAUGUCUAUCACAUGUUUAAGCAAGAAUAA